GUGCGGCAUUGCGUCCCUGGCUUCGAACGAGAAGAAGAAAAGAAGCGGCAGCGUGGCAGCGGCUGGCGGUUUGGAGCGAGCACUGGGCUUCACAAAAAUCCGAAGCGGAAACAAGUCAAGCGACAAUGGGAAUCCCAGGAUUCUUUUCGUGGAUCAGCAAAAAAUACCCGUCCAUUGUCGCCCGCUGCGUCGAGGAGAAGCCAACCAUUGUUGAUGGUGAGGUGGUUCCCGUGGACACAACCAAGCUGAACCCGAAUUAUGUAGAGUUCGACUGCCUGUAUGUUGACAUGAACAGCAUCGUCCACAUGUGCUCGCAUCCAGAGAAAAGGCCGGCUCCGAAAAACAACGACGACAGGCUCAAAGCGAUGUUCGAGUACCUCGACCGCAUCUUCGCCAUCGUUCGGCCCAGGAAACUUGUCUACAUUGCCGUGGACGGUGUGGCACCAAGGGCAAAGAUGAACCAGCAGCGCUCCCGUCGCUUCAAGGGCGCCAAGGAUUCAGAACAGUCCGCCCAGCAGAUGGCGCAGCUCCGUGCAAAACUCGUGGAGCGAGGCGCUCGCCUGCCGCCCGAGCGUGAACCCUUCGACAGCAACUGCAUCACGCCAGGCACGGAAUUCAUGGAGUUGGUGAACGAUUCCCUCCACUUUUACAUCCACCACCGGCUCAACUACGAUCCUGGCUGGAGGGACAUCGAGGUCGUCCUUUCCGACUCCACAGUUCCCGGCGAAGGGGAACACAAAAUUAUGGAUUUUAUUCGCGCCCAGCAAGCCAGCGAGAAACAUGAUGCCCAGACAAGGCACUGCCUCUAUGGUCCAGAUGCCGACCUUAUCAUGCUGGGGCUGCUGACGCAUGAGCCCCAUUUUACCAUCAUCAAGGAGGACCCGCGCUACAAUCAAGCCAAGUUCUGCAAACUCUGCGAACAACCCAACCACGAGAAGGAGCAAUGCCGAGGCCUUCCCGACGACGACGGGGAGUUGGUGUCUGCACCCGAAGUGUCAUUCAUUUUUGUCCGCGUCAACGUCCUUUGGGACCUGCUGGCACGUGAACUUCGCGUGAAGGACCUUCCCUUUACCUUCGUCGAGGAGCGAGCCAUCGAUGACUGGGUAUUCCUAUGCUUUCUAGUCGGAAACGACUUCCUGCCCCCUCUGCCGUCCUUGUCGAUCAGCGAACGUGCACUGGAAAGGCUGGUCAACGUGUAUAAGGAGACUCUGCCGCAGAAUGGUGGGUACCUGACGAAAAGAGGCUGCGUCGCGCUCAAGCGACUGGAAGUCCUCCUGAAUGAAAUCGCCAAAUCUGAAGAAUAUAUUUUCAAGCAGCGCCACAGACAGGAAGUCAGCAUCAAGGCAGCUGCAAAAGAAAAGGCAGAGAGGAGGGCGGAAGCUGACGAGGAAGAGAGGCAGGCGCUGUCAACUAACGAACGGCUCGCUGACGUCAAGUACAGCAAACUCAUGCCUCCGCGUGGCGUCAAGCGCCCAGUCGAAAGCGACGACAGCGACGACGAUGACUCGUCUGAGGACGAAGUGCGGCUUUGGGAGGACGGCUGGAAGGACAGGUAUUACGUGGCGAAGUUCGACGCCAGCCCGGAGAACACAGCGUUUCGCCAGAACUUGGCCCGUGAAUACAUCAAGGGACUGUGCUGGGUUCUGCGCUACUAUGUACAAGGCUGCGCAUCGUGGACGUGGUUUUUCCCACACCUGUACGCGCCCUUCGCGUCGGACUUCGACAACAUGGGUGACGUCGCCAUCGACUUUGACCCCGAAACAGAACCCGUUAAGCCUAUGGAGCAGCUCAUGAGCGUCCUGCCUGCAUCCAGCAGCCGAUUCCUUCCCGAGCCUCUUGCCGACCUCAUGGAUGAUCCUAGGUCUCCCAUAACGGACUUUUACCCGCUCAACUUCAAGAUAGACCUCAACGGCCACAGGCACGACUGGCAAGGUGUCGCCCUCCUGCCUUUCAUUGAAGAAGACAGGCUUCUCGACGCAAUCAGAACAGUGUACCCGCUCUUGGACGAUGACCAAGCCAACAGGAACUCUGAGGGCGACGACAUAUUGUACGUCCGCGAGGGCCAGCCAGCCUACGACUCCUUCGCCGCAACCUACGAGGAUUGCGACGACUACGACAAGGUUGAACGCACCGUGACUCAAGUAUUAGGCGUGUACUGUGGGCAUGUCAAGGGGGCUAUUAUAGGCUGGUGGAUUCACAACGAUUCCAACAAUGUUCUUUACCUGCGUCUCCCAUGCUCCCCGUGCCUUGAGCUACAGUUACCGUGA